CCGCCCCUGCGGACGCCCCCUCCCCGCUCUUCCUGCUCGGCUUCCUCUCGCCUUUUCCUGUCCCGUUCCCACCCAGAGCCAGGAGCACCAGGAUCCAGGCGGGAGCAGGACCCAAGCCUCACCUCGGGAGCCACGGGCCGCGGCCUCGGGAGGAGGGAGAUGCUGUCGGGCGAGCGGAAGGAGAGCGGGAGCCCCCGCUUUGGGAAGCUCCAUCUCCCCGCCGGCCUCUGGAUCAACUCCCCGCGGAAGCAGCUGGCGAAGCUGGGGCGCCGCUGGCCCAGCGCGGCCUCGGUGAAGUCCUCCUCCUCGGACACGGCACCCCGUGAGCCCCACCCCUCAAGUCCUCGGGCCGGGCUGCCCCGUGGGGGCCGGGGCACAGGGGCGCCUCGGGGAGCCCCGCAUCCCGUUUUCCGGGGCCCGGGCGCAGGGAGCGGGGGCGGGCAAGGGGCCCGGGCCAGGAACCGGGCCCCACAGGAAAAACUCCCGCCUGACCGCUUUGCUUUGUCUUUUUGCUCUCUUCAGGAGAAGAUCAAGGAAAUUGGAGACCGGCAACCAGAAAAUCAGCCGGAGGGGACCCUAGAGGCACCGCUCAGCAUCGAUGAAGUGGCAGCCGAGCUCCGACCCCUGAUGUCGUGGAUGGCCAACACUACUGAGCUGCUCAGCUAUGUGCAGGAGAAGGUGUUGGACAUGGAAAAGGAGGCUGACCAGGAGGGCCUGUCCUCAGACCCCCAGCUCUGCAGUGACCUUGAGCUGUGUGAUGAGGCCAUGGCAGUGCUCGACGAGGUCAUCAUGUGCACCUUCCAGCAGUCAGUCUACUACCUCACCAAGACGCUGUACUCCACGCUGCCGGCCCUUUUGGACAGCAACCCGUUCACGGCUGGGGCCGAGCUGCCGGGGCCGGGGGCCGAGCUGGCCGCCAUGCCCCCGGGGCUGCGGCCCACCUUGGAGGUGUUCCAGACGGCCUUGGAACUGACCCGCCAGUGCGAGCUGCACCCGGACCUCGUGUCCCAGACCUUCGGCUACCUGUUUUUCUUCUCCAACGCGUCCUUGUUGAACUCCUUAAUGGAGAGGGGGCAGGGCCGUCCCUUCUACCAGUGGUCUCGGGCGGUGCAGAUUCGGACCAAUCUGGACCUUGUUCUGGACUGGCUUCAGGGCGCCGGGCUCGGGGACAUCGCCACCGAGUUCUUCCGCAAGCUUUCCAUGGCUGUCAACCUGCUGUGCGUGCCGAGAACUUCCCUGCUCAAGGCCUCCUGGAGCAGUCUUCAGACCGAGCACCCAACCUUGAGCCCCGCCCAGCUCCAUCACGUGCUCAGCCACUAUCAGCUGGGCCCGGGCCGCGGUCCUCCCCCAGCCUGGGAGCCACCACCUGCCGAGCUGGAAGCUAUGGACACGGGCGACAUCUUCGAGAGCUUCUCUUCGCACCCUCCCCUGAUCCUGCCGCUGGGUGGCUCGCGCCUGCGCCUCUCGGGGCCUGUUACGGAUGAUUCCUUGCACGCGGAACUGCGCAGGCUCCGCCGCUUGCUCUGGGACCUGGAGCAGAAAGAGCUGCCGGCCAAUCAGCGCCACGCACUCCCCGUGGCCUCGUCACCAUGAUCGGCAUCUGCGCUCGGGGCUUGCCGGGAAUUAUAGUUCCUUUCACUCUGCCCCCUCCCCAGCCCCGUAGUCCCCGGUCCUAAGCCUGGAAAGAACACGUGGGGGAGUUCCCGGGCCUGCCGGGAGUUGAAGUUCUCAGGCGUUCCCUGGGGGGCCGUAAAUUUGGGGGGGAGAAAUAAAGGAAUUCGGAGUUUGGA